GAGGGGAGGGGAGGACUGGAGGGGCCUGAUGUCACACAGCCCUACAUAAGGGCCUCCUUUAGGCUCCUGCAGGCGGAUUGGAAGCAGAUGGAGGAAUGAGUUAGAUCCUGGCUGUGGGAAUUUUUUUUUUUUAAAGUCAGCCACAGACACAGCUGUUGAGCAAAAUGCAAACUCCACAAAAAAGCCCAAGCCUCAGACCCUUCAAGCAGAGGAAGAGCUUAGGUAUAAAGUUCUCGGCAACCAGACAAGAGGAAGUUGCUGGAAUCCGGGCAAAGUUCCCAAACAAGAUCCCGGUGGUGGUGGAACGCUACUCCAAGGAGAAGUUCCUGCCCCUGCUGGACAAGACCAAGUUCCUGGUCCCUCAGGAGCUGACCAUGACCCAGUUCCUCAGCAUCAUCCGGAGCCGCAUGGUCCUCGGGGCCACCGAGGCCUUUUACUUGCUGGUGAACAACAAGAGCGCCGUCAGCAUGAGCGUGACCAUGGCGGAGAUCUACCGGGACUACAGGGACGAGGACGGCUUCCUGUACAUGACCUACACCUCCCAGGAGAUGUUCGGAGGCGCGUGGCCCGUGGUCCCAGGGGUGGAACGGCCUGGGGGGCAGGCCCCGCCCCAGACUGGCCCUCCCACCCAGGGGCCGAUGCCAGCAGGGCCAACCAGGUCCCUCAUUGACACGAUGGACAGACAGACAGCUGGGCCUCCCCGCGGGAAUAGCGCCAACCUGACCGGAGAUGCCGGCAGCCCUGCUCCCUCCGGGGCGCACGCGCUGUUCCCCGCAGAAAACCGCGGAGCCUCCUGCGAGUUCUGUAGCUAACGGGUCUGCUCUGGGGCACAGGGGCUUACGGGGCGGGGCUUUGUGCCACGGCGGAGUCUGCUAUAGGGGAGGCCGCAGGCCCUGGCGUGGGGCGUGUCCUGUGUGGCCGGAGUCCCGUGAGUUCGGUCACAGAGAAUGGGGCUUGGGGUGGGGUCUGGAACCGAGGAGCCAGCGUGAGCCUAGGCGUGGUGGGGGUGGGGGUGGCAGGGGGGGUGGGGGGGUCCUUAUCUGAGUCAUUACAGAAAUUGUUAUAUUCUACAGCAUCCACUGGUCUCGGUUAUUUCCCUUGUAUUCUUUUGUCUGUGUCACGCAGAUUUAUGCCGAAGUUGUAACUUUUCAAUACAAAGUAAUGGAACCCAUUUGAGUGUUGGCUGUGCACCAGGCAUUAUUCCCAUCACUCCACUUCCCCUCCCGCCCCAUCACAGCUCUGGGAGGUUAAUCAGUAU